AUGUCUUCCGGAAUGAUGGACACCGCACCAGGCGGCGAGACCCCUCAAUACGAAUCCAUCAACACCGUAACCCAGCCGCACGCCACCGAGCCCGGCCAGAUGGGCGGCAGCGGCGGCGCCCUCUCCACCUCCACCGACCCGACCGCCAGCCAGUCCGAAGCCACAGCCGAGCAGGGCGAGAAGACGGCCGAGAAGAUCCGCUUCGGCCAGAAGAUGAGCGAGGAGGGCAUGGGCGGGCAGACGGAUGCUAGUAUUGGGGACGCACAGCAGGAGGGUGGACUUGGGGGCGCGGAUGUGAGCGCGAAUGAGGAGAGUGCGGCGCAGAGUCGCAGAGAGCAGGGGUAUGGUGGGGAUGAGGAUAUGGAUCGGACGAUUGGGGCUUGA